AUGUCGACAUCCACGCUGGAUAGAAUCGUCAAGGGUGCUCCGCCGCCCGACGUCUCUCUCGAUCAAGUCGCACAGUCCGCCCGCCGCUCGAGCACCACCACCCUGUCGCACUCGCAUUCACGCUCACGUGGAGACCCAAUCACCGCCCCUCAUCCACCCGCUACCUCCCAGUCUGACCCUUUGAACAACCUACCCUCGUCGCCUGAGCAGAUCAAGCUCAAUCUCCUCAUCCUCGAAUCUUCUCUCCGCGCCCAGUACCUGUGCCUCCAUGCCCGAUUACGUCUCUACCUUGUCUUGAUGACUGCUCUCGGUCUCUGGAUCUCGACCUUUACAUAUCUCCUCUUUCUACGCCCGCGCGAAGAUGGCAAGGGUACUGGUGGCUCGCCUUACUGGGUCGUCGAUAUUGCCGAACGCUUAGGCUGGGUAGGAGGUCUUGUGACUGCUGGUCUCGUCUGGGGAACUGGAAUGUGGGAUCGCGGCAUCCGCUGGCCGAGAAGGUGGGUCAACAUCACAAACAGAGGUCUACGAGGCUUCAAUCUCAAGCUUGUUGUCAUUCGGGGUCCAUGGUGGAAAGAAGCUCUUGGCUACCUUUUCUUCCUGGAUCCCUGGGGAUGGUGGGGUCACGUCAAAGGCAUGCGAUUCGAAUACAUGCCAAAAGAUAUCGAGAAAUCUACGCUUGAUAACAAGGACAAGGUCGGUCUAUGGGAAACUGGGGGUCGCCAUGGCUGGAUUGAAGAAGAUGUUGCCCCUGGAGGAGAUGUCAUCAAGCUCCUUCUGCUACCGAAACCCUUUUCACCAGACUUUCGCGAGGACUGGGAUACUUAUAGGCACAAUUACUGGGAGAAGGAAAAUGAAAGACGCUCUCAGCUACGAGCCAUCAUCAAGACAAGGAAGAGACAAUUGGCAAAACAGGAAGGUGGUUGGCUCUGGUGGNACAGGGUGGAGGGAUGGACUCGUCUGCGACACCCAACAAGACCCAAUCAUGAUCAACUGAACAGGAUGCAACGCGAAGCUUUGCGCGAGAAGCACAGUCUAUCUCACAUGAGGGAAAAGAAAGCCAGACCGAGCUCAAUCUUGCGAGAGAACAGCCACUCGCGCUCAAGCUCGAGGAGUUCCACCNCUGAAUCACUUGGUCGUCGGUCCGAAGAGAAGCUACGCAGGAUGAGUAGCACUCAGAGCCUUAGGAAGGAACGCCCAAAGCCAGCUACUGCUAGGCGCUCAAGUCGUCUGGCCUCCUCUGACUCCAGGCCGGGCACACCAAGUUCUGUAGGCACUGCUUCUGAGCACGAGACCUCGCCAACGUCUUUGCACAACCGUGCGAGUAAUUUGAGCAUUAGCUCAACGUCGACCUGGACAAGUGAUGUACUUAAGGAGGACACACCGCCUACUGAUGUCGACACGGCUGGGAAAGAUCAGACGACGCCUAAGCUCUAG